UGUGUGCUCUUCUGAAGCUGCUGCCAGUGGUCAAAGCCUCCAACAAAGCUCUGGUCAUCGAGGAGGAGCUGCAGGACCUGCCCUCAGAGGAUGUCCACAGCCUGAUGCUCCAGGUGGACCCGGUGCUGACUGAGGACGAGCGGACCAAGCUGGCGAAGAUGCUCCACGCCAUCGGAGAAGAACUGGAUAACAACAAGGAGCUCCAGGCUUUAAUCAACAGCAGUGACUUAAUGCCCGCGAGGGACCAUUUCAUGUGGGUGGUGAACGAAGUGUUCGAGCACGGCAUCACGUGGACGAGGAUCGUCGUGCUCUUCUACUUUGCUGGGAGGAUGGCCGUGAAGGCCAAUCUCCCCCAGUCGGUGAGGGAUCUCCGGAGGUGGAUCCGGCGGCACGGAGGAUGGAUCAACUGCUUCUCUCAUCUGGCCAUCUCUUCCAAGCAGAGGAUUUCCUCUCUGAGCUCCCACAGCGUGGGCAUCUUCAUCGCCGGCGUGGCUUUAGGGAGUGUGACCACCUGGAGGCUGUCCACACAGCUGUGACACACACACUCACACGCACACGGACAUCCAGUCAUGACACCUCGAUCUUGAAUAUUUAGGGACCGGGUCACCAUGCCCAUAGGGCAAGGUCUCUAUUGUUUUUUUGUCCGUUUCUUUUUAUUAAAUGGACUAAAUGGUCCAUUUAUUAGGGGCCGAGCCCCGGAGGGCAUGGUGGCCACAACGCCUUCUACUGCAGCACAGCAACAGACAACAUCAACAGGGACCGGCUAACAGGAGACAAAGAGCAACAAGCUGGCCAGCACCAAGGGACUUUACCUCCAAAGACCGUGGAAUGUGGGAACUCUCUGGGCUUUAGUAUAGACAGGUUUUGCCGAGCGUAGAACUGUUUGUUUCAUGAUGUGUGGAUUUAAUUGAGAUUGUUUUCCGGUUUUGAUGAACUGAGGAUAAGUUAACAGCUAAUGAUCACUCCGUUUCACCCAACGCCGGGUUUCAAGUUAAUCUUGGUCCCUAACUGUAAAGCAUCACACCAAAACAUCACCUGGUUAAUCCAACAUCUUCCACCUGGAAUGAGGUGAUGGACAACACAGAUCAUGGAGACUCAUUUUGAAAUGUGUGUUUGGUUUUGCUUCAUUGUUAAUAAAUAUAAUUUUUGGAAUCAUUUGUGUCAUUGGUGUUUCAGUUAUGAAUGGAACGUCGAUCUCUUCUGUCCAGUAACUCCACCCAGACAGCACACAUACGUCUGGCCGACCUUGGAUCGGAACGUC